GGCCACGGCAGGGAGUCACAAGGCGCCCGGCCCUCCUUUCUAAGUUUAAGCCUCUCUCCGCUAACUCCUUCUUUUCCUCCUUCGCUUCUUCCGAAAGUCGACCCCGCCCUGGGAGCUAAAUAUAACCGCCUUCCCCUUCCUCUCUCCCUGCCUCUGGCUGGACCCUGCCCGGCGGCCGGUGCCCGAGUCGCCUUUCGGAGCCCGCCGGGGCCAAAAAGUGUGUGGGGGGGGAGGUCGAGGUUCCCAAUUGAGGGAAGGGGGGUUCCUCUGAAACAGGGACCCCACCCCGCUUUCCUCGAGACCCCCGCCUCUUCUUUGCUCUCUGGAGCCCCCCUGGCUGUGGAAUGCAUUGUGGAUGUCGAUUGCCACAGGCGAAACGGGAUGGAGCCAUGGCAGACUGGAGAGCAGGGUUCGCCUUCCCAGAUUGGGCCUACAAGCCCGAGUCGAGUCCCGGUUCCCGUCAGAUCCAGCUCUGGCAUUUUAUCCUGGAACUGCUGCGCAAGGAAGAAUAUCAUGACGUCAUCGCCUGGCAAGGGGAUUACGGCGAGUUUGUCAUCAAGGACCCCGACGAAGUGGCCCGGCUGUGGGGGGUGAGGAAAUGCAAACCUCAGAUGAACUACGACAAGCUGAGCCGGGCCCUGAGGUAUUACUACAACAAGCGGAUCCUGCAUAAGACCAAAGGCAAACGUUUCACCUAUAAGUUCAACUUUAACAAAUUGGUGCUGGUCAACUACCCUUUCAUCGACAUGGGCAUGGCAGGUGGGGCCGUGCCCCAAAGCGCUCCACCUGUGCCUUCAGGUGGCUCCCACUUCCGCUUCCCCCCUUCCACCCCAUCUGACGUCUUGUCACCGGCCGAGGAUCUGCGUUCGCCUGGGGUCUUCUCCGCCGUGGCUCGCCGCCUCGCUCGGGGUUCAGUCAGUGACUGCAGCGACGGCACCUCGGCCAAUUCAGAAGUGGAGGAGACAUUGGCUGAAGAGCAGCGACGUGGCGGCGGUGGAGAGGCGGGUGGAUUCCGUGGGCCCCCCUUGCCCGGCCAUCCACGUUUGACCCACGACGCCCUCUUUAGGAUCUACCCUCGCCCGCGAGUUCCUGAGCCUCUCAGCCCCUUCCCUGUGUCCCCCAUGGCUGGGCCUGCUGCUCUUCUGCCCCCCCAGCUGUCCCCUGCCCUCCCCCUCACCCCCACUCACAUGAAUUACACUCCUUCACCUACCCUCAGCCCCAUGUACCCCAGCGGUUCCCACUUCUCCUUCAACCCUGAGGACAUGAAGCGCUACCUCCAAGCGCACACCCAGAGUGUGUACAACUACCAUCUCAGCCCCAGGGCCUUCCUCCACUACCCCAACAUCAUCAUCCCGCAGCCUCAGCGCCUGGAGAAGCCCCCUCUUCCCCCUCCACCCCCGCAAGCCGAGGAGCCCCCCAGCCCUUUCAAAUUCAAGCUGCAGCCACCACCGUUGGGGCGCCGCAACCGUGACAAGCAGCCUCCGCCAGCUCCAGCUGCGCCCCCGGGAAACUCCAGCGGUGGCCUUCCCACCGCCGCCUCCUCUUCUGCAGUUGCUCCGGAGACCCUCGUCCCCCAGAUCAAAGUGGAACCCAUCUCGGAGGGAGAGUCCGAAGAAGAUCUCACCGUAGAGGUCACGGAUAUCAGCGAGGAUGACGAGGAGGUCUUUAAGGCUCCUUCAGCUCCCCUGGAGAAGAUCGAAAACGGGGAGACUUCAGCCUUGGCGCCCCCCGUUUCUCGGGCUGGGGAGAGCGGCAAAUGCAUUCCCCUGAAAUUACGCUUCAAACGCCGCUGGAGUGAGGAUCAGCGGCUGGAAGCCGGUGCAACGGGUGACGAAACAGACGACAAGAAAGUGAAGGGCGAGGAGGACACCGGUGGUCACGGGGAUGCGGUUGGAGGCCGGCGGAUCAGCACGGAGCUGCAGCAGGCCACAGCUGAGCUGACCCUGGAGAAUCGGGACUGCUAGACAGGACAUGCGGCUCUCCCUCCCUCUGGACAGAUGGACCGAGGACAGGGUGGGUGGGCUGAUUUUGCUGCCUUAACUCAGAGAUUAUCUUUCUAUUUUCCUUUCUCUUUCUUUCCUUCCUUCUUUCCUUCCUUGGCCUGGAACUCUGUACAUGCUCUUUCUCCUUCUUUGGAAGCCAGAAAAAAAUGUAGGGGCGGGGAAGUUUUUACUCGUCUAUAUGCAUAUAUAAAUCUAAAUCUAAAUAUAUAUAUUAUAUAUAUGUAAAACCUCUUUGCAGGAGUGGGGGGGGGGGGAUUUCUAAAAAUUAAUAUGCCAGGUUCAUUUUUAAGGGUUCUCUUUUCUCUCUGUCUCUCCCCCCACCCCCACCCCCAGGCCUCAUACGCUAUAAGCCUCAGGACCUUUUUAAUUAAGAUUUCCACCACCACCACCCCAAAUACGGUGUAGUUUGAAAAAAGCAUGGAAGGGGGAGCUUUGUAGGGGGGAAUAAGGGUAAUCUUAUGAAAGCCCACUACUCUGCUCUUUUCCUCAUCCUCACACACACACACUUGCAAUUAGCAAUCUUAAGCACAAUACACUUUUUAAUCCCCCCAGUGGAUCAAAAAGAGAGUUAGCCAUAUGUUCUCUGUCCCUCUUAACCCGCUUCCCAUGCACCGUUGGCGUUUAGCCAUGCUGGCCACACGACCACAGAAAUAGUCUUCGGACAACGCCGGUUCCCUCAGCCAAGAAACGUAGGUGAACCCGGUGCCCUAGAGUUGGAUACGAUCGAGAGGGAGACUUUUUACCUU